AUGCCUGUACACGCGCAAGCUCUCAACCGUACAUCCUUGCUUAACGAAAGGAAACGUGGUCGUGGCCGUCCUGCCAACGCUGGUGCUGCUCAGAGGCGCAUGAUAUUGGACGACAUUGGCGUGUAUAGGGCCCUUCGGGCCAAGAAAGCCUCGCAAAACGACAUCGCCAAGGCCACAGACAACGAAGCAAGAAGACUCAUCCUGCACUUCGGCUGGGAGAACCCGUUAGGGGCGGCUACCGCAGCAGAGACUACUAGUGAAGGCGAUGGCCGUCCAGUACUAGAUGGUUCAGAGCAGAGCCGUCGGGAUGCGCUCUUCAAAAAGGUUCGGAACGAAGUGUUGAAGAUCUGGCGAGAGAACUUGAGUCCCGCAGCGGAAGCAACGGGCCAGUCCUCGGCCGAGAUCGCGCAGCUGAUCAAGAUAUUUGCACGCAAGCCUCGCCGAAAGCAGCUGUAUAAGGUCUGGGCGAAGUUGAAGGCACGCCCCGACCUUGAAGCAGAAGUUGAUAUGUGUCAUGCCGCAAGGGUACAAGCUGAUAAACCAGAUACGGCACCGCCCCGCAUCGCGACAUGGAAUGUGGUGGCUGCGGAGUGGUACAAGAGUGCGAGCAAGAAAGAGAAGAAGGCGGCACGUAAGCAAAGCAAGCGCAUGCACAGGAUCGACAUGAAGGAAUGGGAGGCGAACGCAUCUACGAUGCCCCAGUCUCCUGAGGAGGCAAUCAAGUUUAUGAGACUGUCGCAGCUAUUCCUGAGCGACUUGAUGCACUUCUUCGCCAAUCGCGCGUCAGGCAUAGCUGUCAUGUUUCUCAACGGUCCCUCUGGGUCAAGUGUGAUCUCUGAGGGUGUAUGCAACGUACUUGAGCAGCCCAAGUUGUUGUACAGCGAGGUCAACCCUGACGGAUGUGCGCAAUUCAAGUACGCAUUGGCAAAGCAAGCUCAAAUCUUGAAUGAGACGAAGUGGGGUGAAGCAUCCAUUAUAACUAAUCAGCACGUAUCUAUCGAUAAGGGCAACAUCGAGUACAUCGAGUCUGGAAGCCAUGAGGGCCGUAAUAACGAUCACGGUAAUGUGCCCUACGAGAUUGACGAAGGUGGAAAGGAUGGCGGCGAGAAGACGUUCACAAGCGAAAAGUCUAGCGACGACGGGUCCAGCGGCGAGGACUACAGUGACGACGCUGACGACUGCAGAGAGGAUAUCAGCGAGGUCGAGUUCUUGUCGCCGAUGCUCAUCUCGGGCACCGACCCGAUGUGCGCCGAACACUCCACCACCCCCUUUUUGAGCUCGAUUGAUAACUCUUCAGCGCGAGUGGACGCCAGGGUCGACCAGACCAGUUUAACUCCUGAGCUCAAUGUAAUCGCUGUAACCCCAGCAGGUACCGUACACAUCACCGCGCGAAACGCCUCGCCGACGAACACGUUCGCGUUCGAUGUUACAGAACGGUAUAUCCAAUCAAGCAUGGACGCGGUGCGUUUUCCGAUGAACAAGCUCCGAAUCUGA